UUGCAAAGUUGGAUUAAACUUACAAGCAACGCAAAUUGGAACCUUCAUCAUGCAAUGCCUGUUGGACAGAAGAUUGACUCAUAUCGCUUUGCUUGUGAUGGUCUUUGCUUUUAUUACUGUCGUUGGCGGCAAUUAUCUACGGCCAAGCUCAGUUACCACAAGCUGCUGCCGCUCUGUAUCCUCGAAAAAGGUUCCUUUUACUAUCACCCAUUAUAGGAUCCAGAAGGCUCUGAAACCCUGUAUCGCAGCUGUCAUAUUCUACACCAAAGAGAAGGGGGCAAUUUGUGCUCAUCCAAAAGCAUAUUGGGUGAGAAAGAAGAUAAGAGAAAUAAAUCCAACAGGAUUAAAGAACGCAGAUGUCUAGUCAAUGUGAAGCCAUCAACUAACAAAGCUGAUCAAGUACUAGACUGCAUCGCGAGAAUAUUAUUCUAACCUUGCAUGGAUCUCAGGCCAUUCUGAGGUUUGUUAACUGCAAUUUUGUGUCUAAAGCCUCUUCCUUUACCUAAACAGUUCCCCUGCUCAUCAUGCCAAAAAGAUCAAGUAAGCUGCUUCGCCAAAACAUGAUGGAAAUGAAAAGUCCAGCAAAGCGCUCUC